AGAUGCAUUCAGUUCUGUUAUAAAAUAAUAAUCACAUGACAUAUUGGGGGUUUUCAUGAGAGAAACAGGAGUUUAUAUGUCUACUCCACCGAGAACAAGCGGAGUUGGUGCACUUGGCUACUUCAUCCCGACUCUUUCGUGGUGCGCAACCCCCGCCAACCCCACCGCAUUGACAAAGACGGAUCCAAUGCGCGGUAGGCUACAGCGGGAAGAUAGGACAACAAACGGAUUAUAUUUCCACGAGGAGGAAAAGAAAGCGAUUAAAAAAGAAAUUAUUCUACUUUAAAGGUCUCCUCUGCAGCCUCUGCUCUGUCCUGACUGAGAGAGCCACUGGUGUGUUGCCCACUUUCCCACUGCAUCAUGGGUAACUUCUCCAGCAAGGAUGGCCAUGGACCCACAGGGCCCAACUUGGAUUUGUUCCAAACCCCUCCUACUUCUCCAGUGACCACCACCCUGCCUGGUCUCACUCCGAUCACACCCUCUAUACCAGGCCAGCUGGCGGUCCCAGCACCAGUCACAGCCCUAGCCCUAGCCCCAGCUCCAGGCCCAACACCAGUCACAGCCCCAGCCUUAGCUCCAGCCCUAAGUGGGAAGAGACCCCUGCCCAUCAGCCCAGGCUACUCUGUGAUUGGUCCUGGGUUUAUCUCCCUGCAAGGAAGGACAGGAAGUAAUGCAGCAGUGCCUGAAGGGUGGGUUGUGAUGGGGCGUAAUGGAGGCCCCACCAGGUCUAGUCCCAGGAUCCCUGUACCCCAGGGGAAGAGCUCAACGAUGAGCCCCACCAAGAGUCCUUCAUCCCUGGGUAGCUCCCUGUCCUCGGCCAGCCCGGUUAGCCUGGUCAGCCCCUCGGGGCAGAGCGGGAAGGAGAAGGACAGUGGGCUGAGCCUGACUACACUGGAGCACCAUGGGGCUACAGACAACCAGGGUGAGAUUGAGAGACUGGUGGAGGAGUGUAGGACAGCACUGGGUCUCAGUCCCAGUCAGUAUGCAACACUGAACAGCACGGAUGUGUUGAAGCAUCUGCUAGUGGAGCGUCAGGAGUUGACCGCUGAGGUCCAGAGUCUACAGGAGACCAUGCAGACGGAGCGAGUGGAGUGGCAGCAGUUCCAGUCUGACCUGCAGGUGGCGGUAGCAGUGGCCGACCGGUUGAGGGCCGAGGCCGAGGAGGAGCUGAACACGCUCAGAGCUGCUCAGAUGGAUACAGAGCGGGAGCUGGUGGCUGCCCAGCAGAGACAGAAAGAGACUGAUGGGCAGCUGGUCAGCCUGAGAGGAGAGCUGAGGGAGAGCAGGCAGAGACUGGUCCACCUCACCCAGAACCAGGGACCAGGACAGGCCCAGGCUCAAGCCAAGACCCAGGGCAUGGAUAUGGCUACUGGGGAGACCAGCACUCCUGAGCCCCAGGAGGGGACACACCGGGGAAGGGAGAGGGGGAUCAGCAGGUUGGGCCGAGGAGUAGGAAGAGGAGAUGACGAGAUGGAGAAGAGGAAACAGGAAGAAAGGAAUAAGAAUGUAGGUGUGGAAGAGGCUCGAACUGACACUAAGGGCGUGGCCAACAGGUACUUGAGGAACGUGACCAAUGAGGAGAGGAGUGGAGAGGAAGGGUGUAGCAUGAGGGAGACGUGGAGGAUAGUCACACAGGAGAGGGCAAGAAGCCUUUCCAGACUAACCGCAUCUUCAGACUCCCCUGCUGUAAUGAAUGGAACAUCCCAGUCCAAUACUGCCAUAAUAACUGGAUCUACAAACAAAAACCAAAGCCAAACCAGAGGAAGAAAAGGGCUGGAAAGGCAAGAUAGCUGGUCCAGCACUCACACAGGGAAACAGGAGGGGGCAUUGAACCAGUACAACUCCACCCUGACAGAACUGCCCCCUAACAAGACCUCUAAGACCAGGUCUCAGGAUGGCUUCAAUCUGCUGCUACGCCGCCAUGGAGGCUCCAAGAGGAACUCUCUUCUGCGCUGGUGUCAGAGCCGCACUCAGGGCUACAAGAAUAUUGACAUCACUAACUUCAGCAGUAGCUGGGCGGAUGGUCUGGCCUUCUGUGCUGUGUACCACAGCUACCUCCCCUCACACAUCCCCUACUGCACCCUAAGCCCUGACAAAAAGAGCGAGAACCUCAGCCUGGCAUUUAAGACGGGAGAGAAUGUUGGAAUCACAACAUCACUGACCAUGGAGGAGAUGCUGAGGGCCGGAGGACCAGACUGGCAAAGGGUUCUGGGAUACGUGGAGUGCAUGUACCGUCACUUUGAGAUGUAACGCCAAGGACUGUGUGUUUGAGGGAAGCCUCGGCGGGAGGUACAGUUCACUGCUACUGGUGGAAGGAUGGGGAAUGUGAGGGUCACUCCUCUACUAGCUGAGAUGGCCAUUGAUUGCCAUGUAGAGAAUUGUAGGCUUUGUUGGCACAACAGAGCCCCCUUCCGGUUAGGAGUGCAGGUGCAGGUUGUGUUGCUGUAAACGUCUCUACACUGGGACCCCAUCAGACAGUUACUUGUGUCACCUAUCUUAUCAUACCAAACCAUUGCUUGACUCUUAAACUUUUUCUCAGCAGUGCCAUCUAAAGCUGCUAAUCUGUGUCCAGUGCCUUUAGUACCACAGUCUUCCAUUAUAAACAUGUUCAUGUUUUCUAUCCGUUUUAGCACUCUGUAAAUAUGCACUUUUAUAAGCACUUUGAUGAUUGUAAUUUAAAGAAGGAAGGAGGAAAAAGGAGUGUAUGGAUGCAGUCUCCCUGUCUAGCAAUCCAUUGAUUCUUAUAUGUAACUAAAAUGUGAAUACUGACUAUGUUGCCAAAGAUGCAGAAUAAAUAAAAUGGUCAAUAUAAAGC